GGAGGUAGAAGCGAGGCCUGCUGUUUUCUCACCACAGCCUCCUUCCUGUAGCCCGGUUGAGGAAGUGAAUUUCGCUGACAGGGCUGGGUUCAGUGAGGGAGAGGCGAAUAAUACACCUUCCACGGGGGGAAACUAAAACAAAUAAAAAGAAAAGAAUAAAAGCCGAGAGGAGCCCGGUGUAUCCGAACAGCGAAGCUAAGGUGUCCGGCCAUUGGUGAAACAGUUCCCCGCAGAGACCGUCGCAGACAUGAAUGAUCAACAGUUGGACUGUGCUCUGGACCUGAUGAGGCGUCUGCCUCCUCAGCAGAUCGAGAAGAACCUCAGUGACCUCAUCGACCUGGUCCCCAGUCUGUGCGAGGACCUCCUCUCCUCAGUGGACCAGCCCCUGAAGAUCGCCCGUGACAAAGUGGUGGGGAAAGACUACCUGCUCUGUGAUUACAAUCGAGACGGCGACUCUUACAGAUCACCGUGGAGUAAUAAGUAUGAACCUCCCAUUGAAGAUGGUGCAAUGCCCUCGGCUCGGUUGAGGAAACUGGAAGUGGAAGCGAACAAUGCCUUUGAUCAGUACAGAGACCUGUACUUCGAGGGAGGUGUGUCCUCCGUGUACCUCUGGGACUUGGAUCAUGGCUUUGCAGGAGUUAUUCUCAUUAAAAAAGCUGGAGAUGGAUCCAAGAAGAUUAAAGGAUGCUGGGACUCUAUUCAUGUGGUGGAGGUGCAGGAAAAGCCCAGCGGUCGCACUGCUCACUAUAAACUCACCUCCACUGUCAUGCUGUGGCUCCAGACGACCAAGACAGGCUCUGGUACCAUGAACCUGGGCGGCAGCCUUACAAGACAGAUGGAGAAAGACGAGACGGUUGGAGAGUCCUCACCUCACAUUGCUAACAUCGGCCGCCUUGUUGAAGAUAUGGAGAACAAGAUUCGUUCCACACUGAAUGAAAUCUACUUUGGGAAGACCAAGGAUAUCGUUAACGGCCUAAGAUCUAUCGAGUCUUUGCCCGAUAAUCAAAAGUACCGGCAGCUCCAGAGGGAGCUGUCGCAGGUCCUCACUCAGCGUCAGAUCUUCAUUGACUAGGGUCCGAGGAGUGUUCAGAGUCAGGCUGACAAGAAGCAGCAGGCGGCUCUGAAUGCAGACUUAAUGGAGGCACUCAAACGCAAACACAACGGCUAGAGAAGCUACUGUCGGUUCUCCUCUCACCCUCUGUCCAUGUCAUCUCUGCCAUCUUCUCAGUUACUUUUUGCCCCCCCAUACCAGUUUUCAGUGCUGCACUCUUAUUUGUUGAAAACAAAAAGGAAAAAUGCUUUGCUUUUUAUGUUAUUUUUUUUUUGUUUUUUUUGUCUUAUGUUUCUGUGAAUCUCAUCUGCCAUGAAGCCAUUCAGUCAUGCUCCGUCUCUCUGUCUCCCAUCUUAUGAUGAUAGUAUUACCACGGUUAACAAUAAUCCAGAGUGUGAGGAUUCCUUGUAAAAAAUUAUCCAUGGUUUGAAAAAAAAAAACAAAGUGACUCUGAACACAGACUGAGCUGUAGUUGCUGUAAGUUUGGCGGUGGUAUCUUUAUACUCAUCGGAUUCACCUCCUGCACCUAUUUUGUCUACGACUCUUCCCCCGAUAUAUUUGUAUAGAAUUAUAACUGUCAACAUAUAUCUAUCAGCCUUCCAAGGGAUGUAAACAUGAGGGCGGCCUUUCUUUCUGCACAUCCAGUACACUUAGUUUGAUUCUUUCUGCAUGCGUGUGAGCCUGUGUGGAAGCAAUGGAGAUGGACUGUUAUAACACCCCACACCUACAUGCACAGAGAAAACAUGACAGUUUCCUACCCCUUGGUUUAGUUCCUCUCUCUCUCUCUUUCCAUCUACUGAUUUUUGUUGGGGGUCACAGUUUCUUUGUCUCAGUGGAAACAUUUGUUUCCAUUUUGGAGGGGAAUCUUUAGGGUUUUUUGUUUUUUUUUGUAAAGCUUAUGAUUCAUAUUGUAUUAGAGCCUCCAGCAACAAUAAAAACUGUAAAAGCUAA